AUGGCCGAGAGUCUCUCCUAUUCGCUGCACGCAGUCCGCGUCCCUGUGCCGCCCUCUCCCCAUAGUCCGUUACGUUCUCCGAAGCGCAGGCAACAGCUACCCGUAGAGGAUGACCCGCUACUAGCAAGGCUCUCUCCGGAAGCAAUCCUCGACGCUCUUGCCGCUAUCAACGCUGUAUCCAAGCAUGAAAGACAGGCAAAGGAUCUCCUUACCAAAAGCAUAUCCCAGGUUUCACCAGAGGAUCGAGCCUUGGGGGCUCGAGCGGCCAUUGCAGCCAAAAAGCUGAGGGAAUGGCUGAAGGAGUUGCAAGCGUGGCAAUGGCCAAAGGGCCUCAGCAUACAGCAAGGCAAGGGCUUUGAGCCGCCAUCGACAAACGGGUCGAGUGCUCAAGUAGAGUUCUGGGGCAGUCUUCCAGCUAGCCUGGUUGGAGAGUAUGAAGCACGGAUCGAAGAAAUCCAUGACGGUAUGGACAGUCUAAACGUCGAUGAGCUGAAGGAACACAUCAUGAACGUCCACGUACCAGGUCGCUCGCGGCCGUCGUCGGCACAUAGUGCUCUAAGUUCGAUUUCCGCUCCUCCGUUCACUCAUACGCAAUUAAGCGACUUUACUGCCGUCAUCACCGCCACAAUCCUGAGGGCCCUACCCACAUUGGCACGGCUGAACGUGUUGCUCGAUACCUGGAAUGCGAGACUGCUUGUAUUGCGGCAAAUUCCUGAGCUCUUGGAUUCAAUAAACGCUGCACGUGCAUCUCUCGACUUUGCAAUUGCAAUGCUGUCGACAGAAAAUCCACUUCACAAUACUCGCCCUCCCAUCCUUGACGUGACUUCGAAGAAGGAAGAACUCGUACAAGUAAUCGGCGUGGCGGGGUCACGUAUGGACACAGUUCUUGAUGCUUUGGAGGGCCGCGAAGACUCUAUACCUGAAAUUUGGAUUGACAAUAUGGAUCGGCUUGAGGCAGACUUCGCUACAUGGGUCCAACAAGCGGAGAAGCUGGCAAUUGAACGAGAGUGGAGAACUAACACAGAAGAGCCCGCGAAGUCCGCUGUGGAGGAUCUCGAGUUGCAGCGUGAUGUGUCUACAAAUCAUCAAGUGCCUAAUUCAGCGAGGGAGCACGAUUGUGAAACACCCAUUGAAAGUUCACCUUCACCUUCUGUUGAAAAAUCAUUGUAUCCUAGUUUUGAAGUCAACACCAACAUCCAGCACACAUCAUCCUCUUCAGAGGGCAAGCGUGUGUUACCCUCAGGAUCUUUUGUCAAUCCUCCUAUCACUGCUCAGGGUAUAGCUCUUACAUCUAUACCCGAGAACGAGGAAGUCCCAAAGCCUGUCACUCCAGAUUAUUCUCCAGCCUUUGAACCAAAGAGACCGCAAAUGUCGCAAUCCUUGCCGACAGAGUCACUUCUUGCCACUUCAUCAGAUACAACAGAGAUUGCUGGGGAUAUACCUAUACCCAAUUCUUCAAUCUCAGUCGCUGACUCAAACUCCAAGCACGAGCAAGCAGCCAACGAAACUCCUAGUCAUAGCAAUCGGGAAGAUACAGUCCCUAUGGAGGAAAACUUGGAUGCGCUCAAAACAAACAAAAAAUUGGACCCCGGAAAGACAGAGCCCCAGCUAGAUAAAGGGAAACCCGAUCUAUGCAACGUGGAGCUAUCGAAAAGCCCGUCAGUUAUUGGUAAUAGAGCUUCCAGUUACGUCCCUGAAAAACAAUCGGACACCACUAUCCUCACUCCGGAGCAUGAUGCCAAUUCACCAGAAGAUGCUUUCAGACCGAAAUUUAGCACUGAAGAACAUUCCGUCCUCGAAGAGUCCUUGCCGACAAUUAACGCUGAUUCAUCUUUAGUGCCAGAGAUUGAUAAUUUUGGCCCACCAAGAGAAGAAGCUGAUGACCUUGACCUUGGGGACGAGGUCAAGAAAGGAAAGGAAGAAUUGGACGCGGGUGGCCACGUUCCCGGCUCCGAAAAUAUCCCUCAGCAACGGCCUAUAGUACAGCCGGCUCAUGGAUCCAAUGAUAUGGAUGCCGAGGUGUUGGAAAAGAUGCGUCGAGAAACUGGUGCGGAUGAAUUGGGCACUGGUAACUCAGUCCUGGAACUCAAAGACAACCAAUCCUCGCCCCGGCUUUUACAUCCCGAAGGUCCAAAGCCUACCUCGGCUAUGUCGCAUGUGCAAGAAGGAGUCAAUGUCAAAGAAACAAGCGAAGACCGCUUAGAAGACUCUCCUGCUGGCGAAGUGACAGCCGAUCGACAAAUUAAUCCCUCGUCAAAGCCGAGCCCCCCUCUAGAUCCUGAUGUACCAGUUCAGUCAAUUGAAUCAGAUGUCGACCACAACAUACCUACAGAUCCAAUGCCACCGUCUUUUACUAGAACGGUUUCGGGUGGACCACCAGCUCAGGAUCCCACUGUACACUUUUCACCUAGGCUUUUCAGCAGUGCGAGUGAUAGGACAAUUCGUGGAAUCGGUUCUCCGCAGCUAAGUAGCUCUGUACUGCAUGAUCUCCAAUCAUUCCAACAUACCAAAAAUGCGAGCCUGCCUUUACAGCGCUUUAUUGAUGAUGAAACCGACGUCAAUUAUUCGAUCAAUCAUGAUAUGCAUUCUGAUAGUUCUUCCUCUCGUGAAGAACUCUCCGACUCACCACGAUAUUUCCGCGAGAACUCCGAAAUCCCCAGAUUCCGCAAUCGAAGUGAAUCUCCCCCGCCGAAUGUAGUUCCCCGACGGGCUGUACGGGGUCCUAGCUCAAGCUUGAUGAGAGGCACCAUCUCCUCACUGAAUAAAGUUGUUGGAACUACAAACAAUGAAACUACGUCUGAACGACUUCAUUCACGUCACAGACUUGGAUCACCUUACGAUGUUGACGACUCAGAUUCAACACCGUGGCGUCGAAAAUCGUCUACAAAAGGCUUCCUUCAAGCCCCUAGCCAUCAUUUGCAGAACCAGCCAAGUAUGGAAAGCAUUGGUUCAUAUGGUUCCAGUAAUGGCACCGGGCGCAGAAGGUACUCAUUCUCCACUGACGGUGGAUCUUUCGCUAUACGACCAGUCAAUGAAGCCGACAGCGAUCUCCAAGAGAAAAUUCACACCAUACUCACAGGUAUCCCUGGCAAAAUUCGCCUCAGCAACAAGCCUGCAAGUGACUAUGACCAGCAGUCGGUGAUAUCAUCAAUCUCGUCUACGAAGAGAAACCGUAUUCAGGCGCGAUCUCCCUUUUCUACACCCAGUCGAGCAGGUACUCCCGCACCAUCUGAAGGUUUCCCAUCAUCGUCCAAGCAAAGGCGUACAACUUCGCACAAAAGCGAAGACAAAACUGUCAGGGUCUAUCAUUUACAUCAUCGUGGGAAAACAGAACCAACAAAAUUGUUUGUACGGACUGUUGGUGAAGACGGGGAACGAGUCAUGGUCCGUGUCGGUGGCGGCUGGGCCGAUCUGGGCGAGUAUCUACGUGAGUAUGUUCUGCAUCACGGCCGACAGACUCCAUCAAACAGUAAUGUCGAAGUGAAAGAUCUUUCAGCAACAGCUAAUUCCCCGGGAUCAACAACCUCAACGGCUACUGCAGUGGCUAUGCCAUCUAGCCCGGACCAUCCGUCAACGAUGUGUGACAGGCCCGCUUCAUCUCUUUCUGUUCGCAAAACCAGACGAAUUUCCAGGCCGUCUGAGCUUCCGGAAUUAGCAAUUGACAGUGUGGAAACUGUAGCGGACAAUCUUCCAUUGCCGUCUUUUCCAUCAGGUCGACGAACAUCGGUUUCGUCUCUCAACUCGGUCAGCGUAACCUCUAUUCUCGGUGACGGUUCCAGUGUCUACUCUCCCCAUCCGGGAUCAGCGAGGACUCCUCAUUCUGUGUCUACCCCUCUAGGUCUAGCUGGUCCGAAGCCACGAAGCAGACACGUAUCAAUGACGCCGGAGAGCGAAGCCUGGGUAGAAGAUGUCAUUGGUCAAGCGCGGCGGACUUCGUCGAUUGUCAAACCAACACAAAGACACAGCGAUCAUCAUCUGAUGAACCGUGACGUUCUUAAUUCCUCGAGAAUGGGCACUCGCAGUGUCAGUGAUCUUGCUUCAGUAGGUCGAAGCAAGCGCGUUAUCUUGAAAGGCCUCGAAUCACAAGACCGAUCGUGA